UAAAACAGAAAAUCUAAAUUGAGUGUGUGUUUGGCAUAGCCUUGCUAUUUACUCCGUAUUUGUACUAUAUUUGAAAAGCUCCAGGACAGCGGGAGCCCAAGGCUGCAGAAGGCAAGGUUAUUUAUAGUGCCCCCACACACACCCGUGGCCUGCUAGCCUGGCCAGCCCCGGUUUGUUUCCGCACCUUUCAGCCUCAACCUUUGACAACCAAAGCUCUGCCUGGCCGUGACUAUGGCGCCCCAACCAUGAGCCAUGAGCCACCGUCGCCAAAGAGGCGGCAUAUCCUUUCAUCCAUCAACCCGAGCAACUCGCCAGAGAAGCACCAAAGGGAGGACGCGCCAACAAGCCCUUCCGCAAAUGACGUCAAGCCAGCCGCAGGCAGUGAUGGCGAAGACGCAAACAUGGAUACGACGAGGCCGAGGCGAUCACGGCUGAGGCUGAAGGGCGAGAAGCGCCGUCACCGCUCUCGAAGCAAAGAAGAUGAAUCUGGCCACCGUCGACACCGUCACCGCAGCCAUCGCGAUCGCCAUAGCCGACGACGUCACCGCUCGCCCACGCCGCCUAAUCCCCAUGACCCUCCGCCGCUUGACACAGAGGCCGCUUUCCGCGAAUCGCUGUUUGACGCCAUGGCGGACGAUGAAGGCGCUGCCUAUUGGGAGGGCGUCUAUGGCCAGCCUAUUCAUGUCUAUUCGGACGAAAAAGUCGGGCCGGCAGGCGACCUUGAGAAAAUGACGGAUGAGGAAUACGCAGCGUAUGUUCGGCAGAAGAUGUGGGAGAAGACUAACGCCGGGCUGCUGGAGGAGAGGGCACGGCGCGAAGAAGAGCGCAAAAGGAAGAAGGAAGAGGACAGGCAAAAUCGCAAGCUGCGAGAAGAAAUGGAUCGAAGCCUGCGCCGAUCUGAAGAACGACGUCGGAGGCGGCGCUGGGCUGAUGGAUGGGAUACAUAUACGCGGGCUUGGUCGGCUUGGGACGGCACUCUGGACAAGAUUGCUUGGCCGGUCUUGGGUGGGCAGCGGAAGGACGUUAAUGAGGAGGCAGUUCGAGAUUUCCUCAUAUACGGCCUGAGCCUGGAGGAUAUUGGAGAGAAGGAGUUUGCUGCGAAGCUCAAAGAGGAGCGAGUGCGCUGGCACCCCGAUAAGAUACAGCAGAGGUUGGGUGGGCAGAGCGAUGGUGAUGUUAUCAAAGACGUGACGGCGAUUUUCCAAAUCGUGGAUAGGCUCUGGGGACAGACGACGAAGAAGUCUUGAUAAUUCCCGUUGUAGACUAUGGGCGUUGGGUCAUUUACUGAGCAAUAACGAAUGCUAGAUGCUCUCGUGUUCUCUCUCGUUUAGAGAGCGUGGCACAGAAUGGAGCAUUCAAAGGGAGAUUUAUUUUAUCCAAGGUAAAUCAAGACUUGAUUUGAAUUAAAUUCACAGACUGAUAUAGUCUUAGACUCGUUAUUUCAUAAUUAAAAGGCGCCCUUAACAAAGGCAUGUCACAAUACGCUCUCGUGAAUUAGGGGGGUAUUUUUGUCUUCCUCCUUUCCUUUACGGUGUUCCCUACACCAUGCACAUACAAAUGCGUAUAUCCAUCCAUUUCCCUCGGCCAAAAUCUGGCUCCAUAAAAGAACACGUACGGCGAGCAUUCACCAGCCUCGCUUACAUGUUAGCGAGGAUAGCAGCUCCUCCCAUCAGCGCACCCAUGGCCACGUAGCCGGUCUGAGCAGGGCCAGCAGCACCCUUUU